AUGAAAUUGUCAUUAUGGUGGAUCUCAUUUGCCGCAAUUAUAAUUAGUACUGUAAGUGCUACAAAUCAAGUUAUUCAUGAAAAUGGUUACUGUGCAAUGUAUGGAGAUUGUGGUAAAAAGUCUGUAUUUGGUAGUUCAUUACCUUGUCCAUCAUAUUCUUCAGCAGUAAAACCUGAACAAGAUACUAUUGAAUUAUUAUAUUCAAUAUGUGGUACAGAUUUUGAUACUUCACAAAUAUGUUGUAAUAAAAAUCAAUUAGAAAGUAUGAAAACUUCAUUAAAGAGAGUAGAUCCUUUAAUUAGUUCAUGUCCUGCUUGUCAUAAGAAUUUCUAUAAUUUUAUUUGUAAAUUUACUUGUUCACCAAAUCAAGCAACUUUUAUUAACAUUACCAAGACUGAAAAAGCUUAUGAUACAGGAAAUGAUAUAGUAACAGAAUUAACUCAAUAUAUUGAUCCAAAUGCAGCUGAAGAAUUUUAUGAUUCUUGUAAAAAUGUUAAAUUCUCAGCAACAAAUGGUUAUGCUAUGGAUUUAAUUGGUGGUGGAGCUAAGAAUUAUCAAGAAUUUUUAAAAUUCUUAGGGGAUGAAAAGCCUUUCUUAGGUGGCUCACCAUUUCAAGUCAAUUAUGCUUAUAAUUUAACUGAAGAUGAAUCCAAUGCAGGUCUCAAAUUAAGAUCUGAUGAUAUGAAACCUUGUAAUGAUAAAACCUUUAAAUGUGCAUGUUCAGAUUGUGAACAAUCAUGUCCAAAAUUAAGUUAUUUUAGUAGUUUUAAGAAUACAUGUAAAGUAGGGGUAUUACCUUGUUUUUCAUUUUCUAUAUUAAUUAUUUGGAUUGUGUUGAUUUUAUUAUUAGGAGCUUAUCAUAUGUAUAUAUUUAAAUUUAAAUCUGAACAUUCAGAAGAUGAUGAUGAUAUUGAUGUUGAAAUUAAUCCUUUGACUUAUGUUACAAUUAAGAGUAAAAUUAAUUAUUUUCAUAAUUAUCAUAUAAAGUUAAUUGAUAAUAUUCAAAAUGCAUUUGGAAUUAUUGGAUUCUUUUGUUCAUCAUUUCCAGGAAUUAUUAUAGGUUCAACAUUAAUAUUAUCAUUAGGAUUAUCUGGAGGUUUAUAUAAAUUGAAUUUUGAAACAAAUCCAAUUAAUCUUUGGGUAAGUCCUCAAGAACCAGCACUAAAGAAUCUUGAAUAUUUUGAAUCUAGUUUUGGAGAAUGGUUUAGAAUUGAACAAAUCAUUGUUAGUAGUAAGAAUGAUUCAGAACCUAUAUUGAAUUGGGAUACUGUUCAAUGGUGGUUUGCUAAAGAACAGGAAUUACAAACCAUUAAUAAUCAUACAACUCUUAAUGAUAUAUGUUUUAAACCACUCGAUACAAGUUGUGGAAUUCAAUCAUUUACUCAAUAUUUCUAUGGAGAUAUAACACAUUUAGAUGAGAAUAAUUGGAAAUCUCAAAUUGAGAAUUGUGCUAAUUCUCCAGUUAAUUGUUUACCAAGUUUUCAACAACCUUUACAAAAGAAUAUAUUAUUUGAUAGAGAUAAUAUAUUAGAAGCUAGAGCAUUUACAGUAACAUUAUUAAUUAAUAGUAAUCUGAGUAAUAUUGAAUAUACUAAUAAGACAAUUGAUUAUGAACAUCUGUUACAAAAAUGGGCUCAUGAUUUAGGAAGAAAGAAUCCUCAUUUAAAUAUUGCUUAUAGUACAGAAAUAUCAUUAACUGAAGAAUUAAAUAAAUCUACUAAUACUGAUAUAAGAAUUAUAAUUAUAUCAUAUUUAGUCAUGUUUAUAUAUGCAUCCUUAGCAUUAGGAGGGAAAUUACCUACUACAAAUUUAAAAAGUUUAGUAAGAACAAGAUUCUUAUUAGGACUUGUUGGUAUAUUUAUAAUAUUACUUUCAGUUACUUCAUCACUUGGAUUCUUUUCAUAUAUUGGAUUGAAAUCAACAUUAAUUAUUGCUGAAGUUAUACCAUUUUUAGUAUUAGCCAUUGGUAUUGAUAAUAUAUUCUUAAUUGUUCAUGAAUUACAUUUGGUUAGUGAAACUUUCCCCUAUGCUCCAUUAGAGAGAAGAAUUUCUCAAACUUUAAAGAAUAUUGGUCCAUCAUGUUUAAUUAGUGCUGUAUUACAAGUAGCCAUGUUUUUAUUGGCUACUAGAGUUGAUAUGCCAGCCGUUAAGAAUUUUGCAUUUUACAGUGCCGGCGCUGUAUUAAUUAAUUUUAUCUUACAAAUGACAUGCUUUGUUUCAGUAUUAACUUUGGAUCAAAGACGGUUGGAAAGUAAUCGAAUUGAUUGUUUUCCUUUUAUACAACUUGAUGGUCCAAUCUCAUUACCUCAUGAAGAUGAGUUUGUUAAUAAUGACAAUAAUAAUAAUAAUGAUAAUGAAAAUAAUAAUGAUAAUGAUAUCGAAACAUUAUCGGAUCAUUAUGAAUAUAACUUCUCAAAACUUAUCAGCAAAUACUAUGCACCAUUUAUAUUAUCUAAGACUAAUAAACCAAAGAUUUUAACCUUAUUCGUUGUUUGGUUAGGUAUAUCUUUAGGUCUUUUACCUACAGUACCAUUGGGAUUAGAUCAAAGAAUCGCAAUUCCUCAUGAUUCAUAUCUUAUUAAUUAUUUUGAUUCAGUAUAUAAUUACUUAAAUGUUGGACCUCCUGUAUUCUUCGUCGUUAAGGAUUCAGAUGUGACUCAAAGACAUGUUCAAAAGCAAAUCUGUGGUAAGUUUUCUGGCUGUGAUGAAUAUUCCUUAGCCAAUAUAUUAGAACAAGAAUAUAAAAGAAGUUCUAUCUCUUCAAUUGCUGAGCCAUCAUCCAAUUGGUUGGAUGAUUUCUUAUCAUGGUUAAACCCAGAUUUAGAUUUAUGUUGUCGAGUUAAGAAAGUUCCAACAUCUCCAUUAGAACAUGAACGUGAAUUUUGCAGUCCUAGAACUCCAACAAGACAAUGUACCGCAUGUUAUGAGAGUCAUGAUCCACCUUAUGAUAGUUUUAUGAAUGGAUUUCCUACAGAUGGAGAAUUUAUGAAUUAUUUCAAUAAUUGGAUUGAACAACCUAGUGAUCCAUGUCCAUUAGGUGGUAAAGCUCCUUACUAUAAUAGUAUAUUAAGAACAAAUACAAGUAUUGAUGCCAGUUAUUUCAGAACUGGUCAUGAACCAUUAAGAUCACAAGAUGAUUUUAUUAAUGCCUAUAAGAAUUCCAUUAGAAUUGUUGAUGAAAUUAAGAAAUAUCAACCAGAUUUGAAUAUAUUUGCCUUUUCACCAUUUUAUGUAUUCUUUGUUCAAUAUGCAACAAUAAUUAAAGAUACAUUUUCUUUACUUGGAAUUGCUUUAUUAACUAUUUGGAUUGUUAGUUCAAUAUUAUUAGGAUCAUUCAGAACAGCUACUGUUAUGACAAUUGUUGUCCUUUCAAUAUUAAUUAAUAUUGGAGGAGUUUUAGCAUUAUGGUCAAUAUCAUUAAAUGCAGUUUCAUUAGUUAAUUUAAUUAUUUGUGCUGGUAUAGCUGUUGAAUUUACUAUUCAUCUAAGUCGAGCAUAUGUUAUAAGUAAAGUAUCAUUAUUUGAAGAUGAAAAUAUUAGUGGUAAUGAAGAUGAAUACUUUGAAGAAUUUAUGAAUAGUGGAGUAGCUACUAGAAAUGCAGAUGAUUUAAAGGCAAAUUUAAAACUUUUAAAGAGUUUUAAUGCUUUAAGUUCAGUUGGAGGUUCAGUAUUAAGUGGAGUUACAUUAACUAAAAUAAUUGGGAUCUCAGUACUUGCAUUCACUCGAUCGAAAAUCUUUGAGGUUUAUUAUUUCCGAAUGUGGAUUUCAUUAGUAUUUAUUGCAGCCAUUCAUGGCUUAUGUUUAUUACCAAUUUUAUUAAGUUAUUUUGGUGAUGAUCAUCGUUCUACAAUUACAUUUGAUAAUGAUUUACAAGGUAGCGAAUCCCAAUUGGGAAAUAGAUUCGAUGCAUAUACUGACGAAUAA